AUGCCUCGCAACCUGGCUUUGAUGUCCCUUCCCGAUGAAAUAUUACUAGAAAUCUUUGCGCUUUUCCCCAAGCAUCUCCUCCUUCGUCUAAGAUGCGCCAGUCGCGCGUUCGCUCUCCUCGCCACGCCGGGUGCGUUUCGAAGCUUCCGACUUCGGGCCUAUCGCGAUGAACCACAACGCUUCAUACAAAUUGCCACAUCUGAAAGGCUUCGGAAUCAUGUUCGCGAAGUCACUUGCGAUACCUGGUGUGGCCCGGAGUUGAAUAGACGAGCGGUCUAUGAUAUGGAAGCUGUUCAAGCUUACUCGGAUUUCUUGACCGCACUCCCUUAUAUCGCCUCUUUCGGGAACCUGGAGGCCUUUCACUUGAGGCUUGGAACCAGUCAAGAAGAGGCACGGGUCAUCCGAAGCACAGUUAUUGAGCACGUCUUUCAAUAUCUGGCAGGGAUCUCGCUUGAACAGCCCUUUGACGAGAAACCCCACCCAACUCUUCCUAUCGACCCUCCUACUCCUAUUCAACUCAAGACUCUUACAAUAUCCAACCUGGAGGACAGCAUAAAUACGAAGCUCAUCAAGUUAGAGGCAUUCAAGGUUGUUACUAGUUCGCCAAGCCUCGUUGACCUUCGCCUGUACCUCGCUACCGAUACCAAGAGCCUCACACAGUCCUCCAGUAACAAGUGUUCAGAUCAGUCCGACAUGCUUGACUCACUUCCAUAUACCUGGCUCAGGCCCUCGAUUGCUGGUCAUCUUCAGGUACUUUCCCUAUACUGCCACGAAUCAUGGGGCUGGUUCCCAAAGAUGGACUUUCGACUCGUCGGUGCGGGUGACGGAAUGCCCCAACUCAAGGUUCUCGCCCUUGGCAACUACACGUUUAGCCACGAAUGGCAAGUCGAAUGGGUUGGGUCUCUAGGCAUAGAGAAACUCUACCUGGAUGGCUGCGCUAUCCUUUUCCAAGCCAGCAAAUGGAGGGGCAUGCUGCUGGAUCAAAGCGAGACUGUGCUCCACGGCUCUGAUGGAAGAGUGCAUAGCUUCUCUAAUAGUGGCUACUAUGUCAAACCAGCGAGACCGCGAUCCGGAGAUGUAGCCGAGGCUAUGCAUGGAACCCUUCGCUGGAAUUAUCUGCUUUCACAUUGGGCACAGUCCAUGACUAACUUACGAGUUUUUAAGAUUGGCAAAGGCCACUGGGAUGAUAUCCCAAACGAGGCUGUCGACCCAAGUUACUAUCAGAGGCUCUAUGGGGCGAGCAGUCAAGAAGUCACGAAUCAGCCUUUCACACAUCACGGGUUUCGAUACUUUGAGCACCCAUCCCCAGGAACAACUGGCAGUGGCAUACGCAAAUACGGUACAGUUAUUUCUGGGGAUGACGAAGACAUGCUCAAGUACGUGUACUGGACGGAGGAGUAUACCGACUACGAUGAAAUAUGGAAGAGACGAGAAGAUGAGCGGAAAGUCGUGACAGAUGAAGAGUGGCGGAGGAAGUAUGCGAAAGAUGAGUGCAGGAAGCUCACAGACGAGGAUAGGGCGAGAGAUAAGGCAGCGUUGGAAGCGAUGAUUUCUGCUGUUGGUGCCAGAAGAGCGCGCAUGAAUAUAUCAGGAGCUAGAUGGGAAGUAUAG